AUGAAGGCUUCGACUAUUAUCUGCGCGCUUCUCCCCGUUGCAUUGGCGGCGCCGAAUGCGAAGCGGGCUUCUGGGUUUGUUUGGCUCGGAAGUAACGAGUCUGGUGCUGAGUUUGGAGAAACCAAGCUCCCUGGCGUGCUGGGGACGGAUUAUAUCUGGCCCAGUGCGUCGACGAUCAAGACUCUGCACGAUGCCGGGAUGAAUAUCUUCCGAGUUGCCUUUCGCAUGGAGAGGCUGAUCCCGAAUCAGAUGACUGGGACUCCUGACGCGACGUAUCUGAAUGACCUCAAGGCGACUGUCAAUGCGAUUACGAGUCUGGGGGCGUAUGCGGUGAUUGAUCCCCAUAACUAUGGGAGAUACUACGGUAAUAUCAUCUCGUCGACUGACGACUUUGCUGCGUGGUGGAAGACCGUGGCUGCCCAGUUUGCGUCCAAUGACCAUGUUAUUUUUGAUACCAACAAUGAGUACCAUGACAUGGACCAGACGCUCGUUCUCAACCUCAACCAGGCUGCUAUCAACGCCAUCCGUGCUGCCGGCGCCACGUCGCAGUACAUUUUCGUCGAGGGCAACUCGUGGUCCGGCGCGUGGACCUGGACCACCGUCAACGACAACCUCAAGGCUCUCACCGACCCCCAGGACAAGAUCGUCUACGAGAUGCACCAGUAUCUGGACUCCGACGGGUCCGGCACCUCGGCCACCUGCGUGAGCUCCACCAUCGGCCAGGAGCGCGUGCAGGCCGCCACACAGUGGUUGAAGACCAAUGGUAAGAAAGGUAUCAUAGGCGAAUUCGCUGGAGGCGCCAACAGCGUGUGCCAGUCCGCUGUCACGGGCAUGCUUGACUAUCUGUCUGCCAACUCGGAUGUGUGGAUGGGCGCUGCAUGGUGGGCCGCUGGUCCCUGGUGGGCAGAUUACAUGUUCAGCAUGGAGCCGCCGUCCGGCACUGGCUAUCAGAACUAUCUCUCGUUGUUGAAGCCGUACUUUGCCGGUGGUUCGGGUGGCCCUCCUCCAACUACGACCACGACGACGACUACCACCAAGCCGACUACGACCACUACCACGGCUGGGAACCCUGGCGGCACCGGAGUCGCACAGCACUGGGGCCAGUGUGGUGGAAAUGGAUGGCAGGGCCCUACUACCUGUGCCAGCCCCUAUACUUGCCAGAAGGUGAACGACUGGUACUCUCAGUGUCUGUAG